CUUCUAAUAUUUUUUGACAUAUAUUGUGUCGUAAUGACAGUAGUUAUUUCAAUAUUUUAUUUAUUAUUUAAUAAUGGCUAAAUAUAUAGCACAAAUAAUAGUGCUAGGUGCCCAAGUAGUAGGGCGUGCUUUUGCUAGAGCAUUAAAACAGGAGCUAGCUGCUUCACAAGAAGCCGCUAAGCGAGCUGGUGGUGGACCUCAGGGUGCCAAAAGAGCAGCAGCUAAUGCAUCCACGGGACUUACUUUGGAAGAAGCAAUGCAAAUAUUGAAUGUAGAUAAAUUAGAAUCGGAGAAAAUUAAGAAAAAUUAUGAACAUUUAUUCACAGUGAAUGAUAAAGGAAAAGGUGGUUCUUUUUACUUACAAUCCAAAAUAGUUAGAGCAAAAGAACGGAUAGAUGCUGAAUUGAAGGAGAAACAUACAAGUACAGAGGAGCAACGACCGAAGGACACAUCAUGAGAACAAUGGGAAUAUUAUAGAUUUAAUUGGAAAGUUGUAGCUUUAAAAGUUGUUUGUAGCAAAGAAUAUUGUUUUAGAAAAAGUAAAGAAUUUUGUUUGUAAAAUACUUUAUUGGGGUAGAAAAUGCAUACCACUAUAGUGACUAGAAUACAUCAGUCUUCAUAAUUAUAAUGUUGAUUACGAUCAAUAUAAAAAUUAUUACUAAAACAUUUCAUUAAUAAUUCAUAAUGCAAAAAGCAUUGCCCUAUCAAAUAUAUCAUCAAUAAAAUUUUGCUAAGCAGAAAAAAUGCUUUUAUUGUAAAAAGUUUCCACCAAGUUCUUUUGAAACAUUGUUUUCAAAUCCUGGAUUAGUUUUAUAUAGAUAAUAUUUUAUCAUUUCUGAUAUUCCAUGAACUGGAUGUUUUUUCAAUAUAUAUAAGUCAUUUACUUUACUACAUCGUAGCCUAUCAUUGUCAUUUUUCCUAAAAACUAUU